AUGCUUCGACUUAACUCUAAAUAUGUUACACUCCUACCAUAUAUGAUACCACCCUGUCGGUUUGUUUCAAAAAGGAAAAAAUUCUCUGUGAGUGAUGAUGAUUUUGAAGAUUAUACAAAAGCCGCUGAACUUCUUGAGAACUCACUCGUUGGGGAAAAUUUUAAACCACCGGUGAGUGCUUUACAGGAAGCAGAGCUGUGCGAAAGACGAAAGCAUAAAUUUUCUGUGCUUUUGAAAAAGUAUUCCGAAAAUCCCUUAGAGUCAUCUGUUCUUACUUGGAAGGCUAAGCGACAAAUUGCCUUCUUAUUGGAUAAUGAUAAGCCUUUGGAUUUCGACGACAUUGCGAAUAAUUUCCCAAUAACGUGUCAUGGUGUACGAAAGGUUUUUAACCACAAGUCGCCAUCUAUGUUUUACAAACCUACAAGCAUGGAACGGCUUUUGAUGCACGACACACGUGUGACUAAACGCUGGGGACAUAUUUUGUCGUUUUUAAAAGAGGUUUCACUUCGUAGUCUUGAAGAUCCUGAAACGCUGCAGUCGACGGUCCUUGACCUCUUACCCAAUAAUCUGUUAUGGCUAUUUACUGACAGUAAGGCCAACCUUCUGAUAUAUGCGAAUGGGAAUCAUAAUCUUCCUCAUCCAAAGGACUGGGAAGUCGUCGUCAAAGAUCAUCACUCUCCUGGUCGUUUCGAAAAGCUAAAGAACGUCACAUCCCGAAAUUCUCCUCCUUCACCAUAUCAAUUUUCACCACAACUGUAUUCAUAUUUAUUGAACUGUGCACAUUUGGUUAACCCAGACACUACUAAUAAAAAGUCUAUUUCUCUUCCAAAUCGUGUAAAACUUCAUGACUACUUUCAUAACAAAAAUUAA